AUGCAGGCUGGCAAAGAUAUUGUCUCGUUUGAGGUCUUCGGCUUUGUGAAGGCUACUUUGGCCAUGUUAUUGACUCCGAUGUGGCGCCUCGUCGUGUAUGGAUAUCGACACCUCCAGGAUGAUCUCGAGAGUGCCGAGGUCUUCCUCGGGAUGUCCUGA